AUGGAUGCUUAUUCAAUGACGUGCACUAGUCCAACCCUACGGCACAUGUCCCGGAUCUAUCUUGAUCUGAAGUCGAUACACUGCCAAACAAUAUCCGGGCUCAACCCAAACCAGUUCGACAGGCCGGUGCAGACCAUGGGUCCAAAGACAAGGGAAUCCGCUCAGCAUGGCCAGACACCCCACGUCGGCAUCAUCGGUGCUGGACUAGCCGGUCUGCGCAGCGCAGAUAUUCUUCUCCAGCACGGCUUUCGGGUGACCAUUCUCGAGGGCCGUGACAGGAUAGGCGGCCGAUUAUACCAGGAUAGCUUGGCCAACGGUAUCACGGUUGAUGUAGGUCCCAACUGGGUUCACGGCACCGACAACAAUUCUAUCCUAGACAUCGCCAAGGAGACACACACGGCCUUGGGGAGCUGGGAUACCGGUUCUUAUGUCUUCAACGAGGACGGCGAGCUCUACAAUCUCAAAGAUGGUGAGAGAUACUCAGAGAUGAUGUGGGAUAUUGUCCAGGCGGCGUUCAAGCACUCGAACAAGAACUCAGCCGAGAUCGACCCCAGCGAGAGCUUGCUUGACUUCUUCAAGGCGACACUGAAAGAGCUGAUACCCGAGUCAACGGAAAACUGGCAACGAAAAAGGGACAUUGUGCUGCAGAUGGCCGACCUGUGGGGUGCGUUUGUAGGCAGCCCGGUUGAGAGACAGAGCUUGAAAUUCUUCUGGCUAGAGGAGUGUAUAGAAGGCGAGAACCUCUACUGCUCCGGCACGUAUGCAAAGAUCCUCGCCCAUAUCGCUGCACCAGCUCUCAAAGGUGCAACGAUCAACUACAACACCCUCGUGCACAGGAUCCAUGCACGGCCUUCUCCGGAAGAGCCCGUUAAUGUGACACUAUCCAGCGGCACUCAGCUUUCCUUCGACGAGCUCGUUGUCACCUGCCCCUUGGGCUGGCUACAGAAGAACCCCCAGGCCUUUGAGCCGGCCCUCCCACCCAGCCUCACCAAGGCCAUCAACAGCAUCAGCUACGGCUGCCUGGAGAAGGUAUACAUCUCCUUCCCCAAGGCCUUCUGGCUGGAUCCGGACCCAAACAACGGGGGCCGCAAAGUCCAAGGUUUUGCCCAGUGGCUCUCUCCACGCUUCGCACCGGACACAAACCCGAACCGCUGGACUAUAGAGGUUGUUGAACUUGCCUCUCUUGGACCGGAAGUAUCGCACCCGACCCUCCUGUUCUACAUCUACGGCGCGCAGUCAGCCCACAUCGUCAGCACCGUCAAGUCGCUCCCGUCCCCGCAGGAGAGGGACAAGUUCCUCUACAGCUUCUUCAGCCCUUACUACACCAAGCUGCCCAACUACUCCGCCGAAUCCCCGGACUGUCAGCCCGUCUGCAGCUACGCCACCACCUGGCUGGCCGACAAUCUCGCUGGCAACGGCUCCUACAGCAACUUCCAGGUCGGCCUGCGGGAGGUGACGAGGACAUCAAGACGAUGA